AAUUCUUAACGUUCUCGAAAGGUUGCAUUUGCACUUCCCCUGAAGGAAGCCCAUUCUGGAAGGAUUUUUGUAGUCGGAAUAGGACUCGAAUCGGAGUCGAACGCAGAUCGCCGAUGGCUGAUCGUCAGCUGGGCGCUCAGGCCCUGGCUGAAGUUUAUUGCAUUCCCGAAACUCAUUUUGCGUAUUUUUUCUUUUCCUCCCGCUCUCACCUAAUCCCUCCAUCGUGCUGCCUGCCAACGAUCGAUACGGACACGAACACGGACCUAAUCACAAUAACGGAUUCGGAUCCAUCCACAGUUGGUUGGCAGUGCGCUGCAACCACAGCUAAGGACAUCACGACGGCCCGGAACGGGAACUGGAAAAGCAACGGACCCAGGACGAGGAUCGGAGUCCAUCGAAGUCCAAGAGCCGUGCGGCAGGACAAUGCGGAUAUGUGCUCCCAACUGCCGCACUUUAUCUCCCUGCUCCUCCUUCUUGCGCUCAACGUGCUCCUCGCGGCACCCGCCCACACCAUGGCGAUGCAGACGGACAGCGGCGGCCUCACGGUGAUCGAUGCCACCCGUCUCCGCACCACCACCACCAGCAGCAUGGCCCCUCCCAGCCUCAGUCUCAGUCCCAACCUCAGUUCCACCUCCGUGGGUUCUGGCUCAUCCGGCUUUUCCUCGCCGCAGCGCAAGCGGCACAGAAAGAGGAAUAGUAAUUGGAUUGAUUAUCGAAACUUCAACGAGAGCACCACGGCUCUGGAGUGGGUCAACCCCUGCGGAGGAUCCUACCAUCCCUCGGCUGGGGAUCGCUUUAGCCGCCUACGACCCAGGCAGAGCUUCAAUCAGCUGAAGCGCCACGCCUUCCGGGAGUACCGUGGACUCAACAGCAGCCAGGACUCGGUGAUCGAUAUCCGGAACAUGACCAUGUGGUCGCUGCACACACAAAACUACAAGUUCCUGCCCAAGCUCAAGUCCAACUCCACGAUUGCCCUGAAGCGAUGGUACCGUAACAUGCAAACGUACGUGGCCAGCUUCGCCUAUCUGCGGCGACUCCAGAUCCGCUGGGACCAGCGCUUUAUAACCCGCGAAUCCACCACUGCACGGGAGCUAAGGGAGCUGCUCCUCAGCUCCCGGCGCAUUCUCUGCGAGCUAGAGACGGCCGUGAAUCAGACUAGCCCCCGUCGGAAGCAUCGGCGCAGUAGCCCCAAUGGAUCCAUAUCCAUUGGCGUGCAGCUGCCGCAAAUCUCACGGACUGAGAUGAACAAGCGCCUUAAACUGCGCAGCAAGGGCGCUGGGGGUCCUGGGCCCAUUUCAGGAGCCAUCACCGGUUCCAUGAAAACAGCCAACGAGGCGGACUCUAUUGACAUGCGGUUCGUGAAGCACCACUACUACGAGUUCCUGCGCACCAUGUGGCAGCUGCUCAGGCGCGACGGCAAGCGAGAGAAGAAACGUCCCCACCGGCCCCACCAGAAGCAGCAGCCCCGUAAACAGCAGAGGGAGCUCCAGAGCCAAGCCAGUAGACAGCAGCCUGCAAGUCGCAGUUUCAGCCAAUCAUGGACUGGAACCAGUUCCACCCCCAAUUCAAACUUCAAUAGCAGGGACUUCAACGAAGUCUCCAAGCCUACGAUGGAGUCCGAGUCCACUAGCAGCACCAGCACCGGCAGCGCCAGCAUUGGAGGCAGACGCGGUAAACGGCAGUCGGCGACAGCAGGCAGACAGCAGACGCAGCGACGCGUGCAGCGCACGUGAAGCAUACCCAUACCCCGAUACCAAUCCUCCAAUUAAACACCAUUUCAAACUUCGACCACAACCGAAAUCUAUAGAUGGUAUAGUAUAGUAAAGUAUUUGAAUGUCAUCCUAUGGCACUCUACCUCUUUUCUU